AUGCAGAUUGACUUUGGAGAUGACAAGUCUGCGAGCACCAGCGAAGCGAAGAAAUCCUCAGCUGCCCCUUCGAAGGGCGCAGCGUCAACUGUCAAGCCUGCGGCUGUCGCAUCGCUGGCCGCUGGUCCAUCUUCAGCAAAGUCCAGCCGCCCAUCAACACCUCGCCCGGACAAUGGGCCCAAGCCAGACCCUGCUCCACCGGUUGAUCGACCGACGACGCCCCUAACAAGCAGCAAGACGAAAGCAGGCGAGGCUAUCAAGCAAACAAAGAAGCAGAAGCCUGGCUCCGCUCGGCCUCCAAUACCCAACCUCGUCCUGCCGACGUUUGAGGAUACCUUCUACAACGCGCCGCGCUCCCUCCAGCCUCCGGCUGGUGUGCUCAAGCGAACCCUGAGUGCCGUCAACACCUGGCUCUCCGGCACACCGCCCGAUGCAGCAAGGCUGCGUACGGCCCCGAAGCUGGGCAGGGACGGGCGAGCCGUCUCUAGCGGUCUCUCUCCCACGCACCCCUCUCCUCACCACGACGAUCUCGGCCUCGCCCUCUCAGAGCGUGCCGCUGUCCGUCUUCCCCGAUCGUGGCAGACCAUGAACAACCGCAGCAAAGCCGCAACGCGUGGCUGCCAAGGGAUGGGCCGCAUAGUCGUCAUCGGCAUCCACGGGUGGUUUGCCCAGUCCUGGGCGAGUAGGUUCAUGGGCGAGCCUACGGGGACGAGCGUCAAGUUUGCAACAGAGAUGCGCGAUGCCGUGUUGCGACACUUCGCCUCUGUGCAAGGAGGAGCGAUGGAGCUGAACCCCGAGGCUAUUACCAUGAUUCCCCUUUCGGUGGAUGGGACGGUCAGCGUUCGGGUGGACAGGUCGUUCGCCGCUUUGCUGAGCAGAAGGGAGUGGGUAGAGGCCCUCGACCAGGCCGACGCCAUCUUGUUUGCCUGCCAUUCGCAGGGGUGUAUCGUCGGCACCCGGAUCCUUGCCCGUCUCAUUGAGCAGGGCCUCGUGCACCCGCGAAGGGCACGAAUCUCCCUUCUAGCAAUGUGCGGCAUCCACGCCGGGCCUUUCGAGCACCUCCGCAGCACGGUGGCUGGAUCGUACCUCAAUUACUUUGAGAAUGCAGCGGCCAAAGAGCUUUUCGAUUUCCAGCGCUCUAACUCGGAUGCGUAUCGUCACUACGAGCAUGCACUGGGGCUUGUGCUGGAGGCGGGAGUCAAGGUGACCCUGGUGGCCAGCACGGAUGACCAAGUGGUGCCACUGCACUCGGCGCUUUUCAGCUCGGCCAAUCAUCCGUCGAUCUUAAGGGCGCUCUACAUCCAUGGGCCGACCUUUCCUCGGCUGGACUUCUUGACGAACAUGCUCACCUUCUGCGUCGCGGUGCGCAAUGCUGGCUUGUCAGACCACGAUCUACUCGCCCUGCUUUCUUCCUCCGUCGCCGGGUCCCUCUAUGGAGGGUUGGGCCACUCGCUCUGCUACGAAGAGCGCGGCACCUACGACCUGGCCGCACGAUACCUUUUUGAGACGACACAUCCGCUCUGCGAACCUACGACUCGUGGUGGCGAAGAGAGUCCGCCAAAGCUGGAGGUGAUCCCGCCCAGCAUCAACACAAAGGGCGCCGCUAGCAAUCCUCAUUUGCUUCCUUGGUCCUUGCGAGGAAUCCUCGAGGAUCGAGCGGUGAGGGCCACUUUUGGCGAGGCGAUCGAUGGGCUCAUCGAGUCGUAUGAGACGUGGACCCCUACGACUAGGACGUUGAGGGAUGUGCAGUAUAGACUGGAGCCGAUGAGGAUGAUUGCACGGAAUGGGGGCAGUACGGCGAAGAGGGCGGCGACGCCCGUCAAGGAUGGUGAGGAGGAGGAUGCGAAGGGGGCCGAAGAGCGGGCAAGCGAUGAGGACAAGAAAGGCAAAGAAGGGGCGGGCAAGAAGAAGGAGCAAUCGCUGACAACUACGACUGCGAAGGGCAAAGGCAAGGCGAUGGCCAAGUCACCCUCAUCCUCGAAACUGUGA